GGGCACACAUUUGUUCCUGUGGUGAUUUAUAGCUACCAAUAAUCUUCCACAGUGGUUGCCUUAUCUACUAUUCUGGCAUCAUCUGCUCCUGUUAGUAAACAGAAGAGAACUAUUAAACACAAAGCCAAGUACUCUUAAUCUCAAGAGAGAGACUUUGUACAGUAUGUUCUGUACAAAACUGAAAGACUUGAAGAUCACAGGGGAAUGUCCUUUCUCCCUACUGACUCAAAGUCACAUUAAUGAGGAACAUGACAAGGACUGCACAGAAAACAGCUCUAGAGCAGCUCUGCCCAUCUGCAAAGAAGUCCAUGAAAAAGAUGCUCAAGGAAACGUGCCACAAAGGAAAACGAGCAGAAGUAGAGUGUACCUGCACACGUUAACGGAAAGCAUCUGCAAACUAAUCUUUCCUGAGUUUGAAAGGCUAAAUCUUGCACUUCAGAGAACACUUGCAAAAUACAGAAUAAAAGAAACCAGGAAAACUGGGGAUAGAGAAGAUUUUGAAAAAAUACUCAGUGAUCAUGCUAAUUCAGCAGGUGUUCCCGUGGAGUCUCUACAGGAAUCUCUUGGUGAAGAGCUAUUCAAAAUAUGCUAUGAAGAGGAUGAACACAUAUUAGGGGUUAUUGGAGGAACGCUUAAGGACUUCUUGAACAGUUUCACUACUCUGCUGAAGCAGAGUGGCCACAGCCAAGAAGCAGGAAAAAAGGACAGACUUGAAGAUGCCUCCAUAUUAUGCCUGGAGAAAGAUCAGGACUUCUUAAAUGUGUAUUAUUUCUUUCCUAAGAAAAUCACGAGUCUUAUUCUGUCUGGUAUUAUUAAAGCAGCAGCUCAUAUUUUGUAUGAAACUGAGGUGGAAGUGAUGCUCAUGCCUCCUUGUUUCCAUAAUAAUGACUGCACUGAGUUUGCUAAUCAGCCUUAUUUGCUGUACUCUAUACAGGUCAAAAGUGCAAAACCUUCCUUAUCUCCAUGUAAACCACAGUCGUCACUUGUGAUUCCUGCCUCUAUGUUCUGUAAGACUUUCCCAUUUCAUUUUAUGUUUGACAAGGAUAUGUCAGUUCUUCAAAUUGGAAAUGGGAUAAGAAGACUUUUGACCAGGAGAGAAUUUCAAGCUAAGCCCAAUUUUGAAGAGUAUUUUGAAAUUCUUACCCCCAAAGUAAACUGUACUUUUAGUGGAAUAAUGACAAUGCUAAAUAUGCAGUUUACUGUCCGAGUCAGAAGAUGGGAUAAUACUGAUAUGAAAUCAUCCAUGGUAAUGGAUCUUAAAGGCCAAAUGAUCUAUAUUUUGGAAUCCAGUGCCAUCCUAUUCUUGGGAUCUCCUUGUGUGGACAGACUAGAAGAUUUUACAGGACGUGGAUUGUACCUCUCAGAUAUUCCAAUUCAUAAUGCAUUGAGAGAUGUUGUUCUGAUAGGAGAGCAGGCCAGAGCUCAGGAUGGACUGAAGAAGAGGUUAGGAAAGCUAAAAGCCACCCUUGAGCAGGCCCAUCAAGCACUUGAAGAAGAAAAGAAGAAGACCGUAGAUCUUCUGUUUUCAAUUUUCCCUGGAGAGGUUGCUCAGCAGCUGUGGCAGGGACAAGUUGUGCAAGCCAAGAAAUUUAAUGAUGUCACAAUGCUUUUCUCUGACAUUGUUGGAUUCACUGCCAUCUGUUCCCAAUGCUCACCUAUGCAGGUUAUCACCAUGCUUAAUGAGCUUUAUACUCGCUUUGAUUACCAAUGUGGAGAGCUAGAUGUCUACAAGGUUGAGACUAUAGGAGAUGCCUACUGUGUCGCUGGAGGUUUACACAAAGAAAGUGAAACUCAUGCUGUUCAAAUAGCAUUGAUGGCCCUGAAGAUGAUGGAGCUGUCAGAUGAGGUGGUGUCUCCCCAUGGAGAGCCUAUCAAGAUGCGUAUUGGCCUUCAUUCUGGAUCUGUCUUUGCUGGAGUUGUUGGGGUUAAAAUGCCUCGUUACUGCCUUUUCGGAAAUAAUGUAACCCUGGCUAAUAAGUUUGAAUCUUGCAGUGUACCUAGAAAAAUAAAUGUCAGCCCAACAACUUACAGGAUGUUACAGGAGUAUCCAGGUUUUUUGUUCACACCUCGCUCAAGAGAAGAACUUCCACCAAAUUUUCCCAGUGAUAUCCCUGGAAUUUGCUAUUUUCUGGAUGCUUAUAUUCAAGGAACAACCACACAGAUUUGGUUUCAAAAGAGAGAUUUGGGAGAUGGUAAUGCCAAUUUUUUGGGUGAGGAAACAGGAGUAGACUAAAUUGUACAUUCAAAAGUGUAUAGAAUAAAUCUAUAAAUAUUUGUGGUUUUUUUCUUUUUAAUAAAUUGAAAAUUUUUAAAAAUGUAUGAAACAUGAAAGCACUUUAGAUUGUUAACACCUGAAAGCCAGUAUUAAAAUUUCACGAAGUCUGUCACUGACUACUUUAUAUUUUUCCUUUGCAUAAGGAACAUAGUCACUAAAAUAAUAUUGCAACUUCACUGUCAAAAUGCUACUAAAAACUACAUUUUUCCUGUGUUAAUUUCUAAGUGCUACGUUACAACUCUCAGUUCUCUUGGUGCUGAGAGUUCUAGAUGUAUUGUACAUGCAGUGGGUCAGGAAAUGUAAUGUGCAAGUGAUGCAGCCACACGCAGUGUUGUGAGCCGGUGCUUACAAAUAACUAUUAAAAUACAUUUUCUUAGUGUCUCCAUAAGAAAAUAUCCAUUGAAAUACUGACAUUGCUAUCGCAUACUCCUUCCAGUGCAUCAUUUGGGGUCCCUCCUAGAAGCUGCUGACCAUCUUCUAAUCCUGACUGGAGUCAGUGUGUGAAGGGUGCUCAGCAUCUUCUGGAUCAGGCUGCUAAUUGUAGCUAAUACACAUAUACAUAGCAGAGUUUGCUGCUUACUGUUUCAUGAACUUUAUUUUGUGUAUAAAAUGAAUAUAGAUUAAAACACUGUAUAAUCACAUACUGAAGUCUGUGUAAUCCUCAAACAAUAUUUUAAUUCUUGGGGUUUUUAAAAUACUUUACAAAAAAUAAUAUCUACUUGCUAUUAUGUACUAGAGCAAUAAAUGUUUUCUUUUUGUUGUCAUUAAAAUUUGAAAUGUUUUAAAAGAACUGUAAUAAAACAUGCUUUGGUGUGUUUGCUUAGAAA